AUGGCACUCACAAGUGUAGUACCUUCGUAUGCACUCGGAAUGUCAGGUGAUGUAAUACCGAAUAACCUAGGUGUGGUACCCUAUUCUACAUUUCAUACAGCAUUGUUACCACAUCCUAAUCCUCUUGGACUUGGUAGUCCAUCAAAUAUUUCAACAGGAUUGAUGCUUGCAACACAGGCCACUUCACAAAAUCCUUACUGUCCACCAAUAACGCUUACAAAUGGAUUUUAUGCUAAUACAAAUUACCCUAACAAUGCAGAGUCAUUUUGUUAUGUACAACCGAACGAAACUAAUCCACUUUUAAGUGCAUAUCAUACGUAUCCUACAUCUAUAAAUAUGCCAUUACAAGCCCCACAUUUGUCUUGUGAUAAAUUGUAUACAUCAAACAACACACAGAAUGCAUUACUGCCAACAGUAAACAGUAAUAGCACUAAUAGUACUAACGCUACGAAUAAUAACAAUAAUUAUAACAAUAAAAGUGAGCUCAGUAGUAAACUGGAACUAUCAAAUAUUGAAACAUCACACCACUUAUUAGAGGAUACAACACAUAUAAUAACUGACAAGUCAACUUCAUCGUCAUCAACGACACAUGGAGAUGUGGAAAGUGGUCAUCAGAAUAAUUCAUUACUUGUACUACGUUUACUUAUGUCUGGAAAAGAGGUUGGGAGUAUUAUCGGUAAAAGAGGAGAAAAUGUCAGAAAGUAUAGAGAAGAAAGUGGAGCAAGAAUUAACAUAUCAGAUGGGUCCAGUCCAGAAAGGAUUGUGACGAUAACUGGAACUACUGAACAAAUCUAUAUAGCAUUCACACUAAUGAGUCAAAAGUUUGAAGAUGAUUUUACCCAGGGGUUAUUACGAAUGGGUGAUGAAACAGUCAGUUGCCCACCAGUCACACUGCGUUUAUUAGUUCCAGUUACUCAGUGUGGUUCAAUAAUUGGUAAAGGAGGCUCUAAAAUCAAGGACGUUCGAGAGUUAACUGGCGCUUCAAUCCAAGUGGCUAGUGAAGCUUUACCAACAUCAACUGAAAGAACAGUCACAAUAUCAGGUACAGCGGAUGCGAUUUCAAAAUGUAUUCAGCUGUUAUGUGACAUUUUCUUAGAGUGUCCAACGAAAGGUCCAGUUAUUCUAUACCGACCAAAACCUGCUGUUUCUAAUCCAGCAUUGAUGUGUUCACCCACUCCAUUUUCAUCAGGUCUACUGCAGUCAACCUUAUCUGGGCUUCCUAUUUCAGUAUGUGAGAGUUCACAUGAAUCAGGAUAUACGACGCCGAUGUUCACAUCAUCGCCACUACUAACAACACAUGAUGUAAACACUGCCAGUCCAACUUCAUUAACAAGAAGUUACGCGGGUCAAUUUGGCAUACCAUCUGGUAUAUUAUCAGGUGUUAAUGGUGCAACAGCUGCUGGUACUCCUGGUGCUGUGAAUGGUGUUAGUAGUCCUUCCAUAGUACCAAAUCUACAAGCACAGAAUACAAUUCAUUCUCCUCUUACAGUCAUUGGUUCUAGUCGACCGAUUAAUCCAAUGUCUGACCAAAUGACAGAUCAAGUUCACUUAUUCGCUGCCUUAAAUCAAAUCGAUUUAGCUAAUUUUCAAUCACAGUUUUCAUCCAUUCUGACACCAUUACCAAAUACAAGUCCACUGGCUGCUGGAGUUCAUUCUAUCGGACAACCGUUAAAUAUUCCAGAGUUAUCAUUAGGUCCUGGUUUAUUAGGAUGCUAUCCUGCUGCAGCAGCCACGGCACUACCUAUUGUUGGACCUCCGAAUAACUAUAUGUUCUCUACACCGGCCACCUUACUAAAAAUAUCAAGCAGACUACCAGAAGAACAAUAUACCACAUCAACAACCAACAGUCUUAAUAACUUUAUUGUCAAUCAAUCUGAUCUAUGCUUUACCAAUGGUAAUAAUAUCUCCUCUAAUGACACAUCAAACUGUAACGUUUCAAUGUCUAUUGGUUCUGUCAACAGUUAUACAGCGUUAUCAACUCCUCCAGAUCCUGUAAGAUCAAUGCAUGGCUUACAGAACACUAGUUCACUACUUGGUCUUCCCUCACUAUCAAUCGGUGCUAUUCUAAACGCUCAACAACAACAGAACCCGUUGAUUUCACUGACUAAUACUGAUGAGAAUAUUGUAGUCCGAGAGAUGAUUAUUUCGAAUGAUGUGAUUGGUUGCAUUAUUGGCCGAGGUGGUACAACAAUUAAUGAAAUCAGGAACACAUCAAAGGCUCAAAUCAAAAUAUCCAACUGUGAAGAUGGUGCAAAAGAAAGAAAGAUUACAGUUAGUGGAAAAUUAGAUUCAGUGAAUUUAGCUCAAUUUCUUAUUAACAGCAGCAUUGCAAUACAUCAAGAAAUGUGGGCAUUCAAUGUUCGUCUGGCAAGCGCUGCUACUGCCUUGAUGACCAAAAGUGAUUUGGCCAUAAGUUCUUCAUGUAAACUAUCGGAAAUCGAUGAGAAGGUUGCUAAUCGUUCCCUAUCAUGUGAUAACCAAAGCCUUACCGACUGUACAAACUCCGCUUCUUCCCAGUUGAAUUCUUCAUUAAUGCUUUUAAAAGAGAAUUUAUCACCUAAUCUACGUCAGAAAAUCAUUGAACCGAUUUUAUCAUCAUCAUCACUAUUUGCUCAUGAUGAAAUGAAUACUACAAACAGUUCAAAAGUUAGAGCCAAUCAUCGAACUAUCCGACGAUCAAAAUUAACACCUUAUUGA